UCCAAAACUCUCAAGCCUAUUUCCCGUAUUUUUACACACCAACCACCAUUGAACAUACUAUAAUCGCCUAUCUUUGGAUAGAUAGCAUCAUAUUCUUUAUCGUAUCGUCCAUUCAUCUUUAAAGGACUUAUAAGCUCUCCAAUUGCAUCGACCACCCCGCUGUUUACGACCCCUCCACCUUACUCCAACACCACACCGACCGAACAUCACCACAUUUCAUCAUGGCGCCUGCUCCUCAAAACAUCGCCGGUGGCCUCGCUACUGGCUCUCACCGUGAGGUCUCUCACAGCUGGGACCAAAACGCUGCCACUUCACCGCUCGCCUCUUUCCAGUCCCCCCCCAGCCUCAGUGCUGCCCUCCCUAACCGUGGCGCGCCCAAGAACCUCAAGCCCUUCAACACCAAGGACAUCAAGAUUCUACUUCUCGAGAAUGUCAAUGUCACUGGACAAGAAAUUCUGAAGGCCCAGGGCUACCAGGUCGAGGCUCUCAAGACCUCUCUUCCUGAGGACCAGCUCAUUGAGAAGAUUCGCGACGUCCAAGUCAUUGGUAUCCGAUCCAAGACAAAGCUCACCGAGAAGGUCCUCCGUGAGGCCACAAACCUCCUCGUCAUCGGCUGCUUCUGUAUUGGUACCAACCAGGUCGACCUCGAGUUUGCCGCCAAGAAUGGUAUCGCCGUCUUCAACUCCCCCUUCGCCAACUCGCGCAGUGUCGCUGAGCUUGUCAUUGCCGAGAUCAUCACCCUUGCCCGUCAACUCGGCGACCGAUCCAACGAGAUGCACCGUGGUACCUGGAACAAGGUCAGCUCCAAGUGCUGGGAGAUUCGAGGCAAGACUUUGGGAAUUGUCGGCUACGGUCACAUUGGUUCUCAGCUGUCUGUCCUCGCUGAGGCUAUGGGUAUGAACGUCAUCUACUACGAUGUCGUUACCCUGAUGGCUCUUGGUACCGCCAGCCAGGUCCCUACUCUUGAGAAGCUUCUGGGCGAGGCCGACUUUGUCACCCUCCACGUCCCCGAUCUCCCCGAGACUCGCAACAUGAUCUCCACUGCUGAGUUCGAGCAGAUGAAGACUGGUUCUUACCUUAUCAACGCCAGCCGUGGUAGCGUCGUCGACAUUGCCGCUCUCAUCAAGGCCAGCCGCUCCGGCAAGGUCGCUGGUGCUGCUCUUGAUGUGUUCCCCUCCGAGCCCGCCGCCAACGGUGACUACUUCACCAACGACCUCAAUGUCUGGGGCGAGGACCUCCGAAGCUUGAAGAACCUUAUUCUGACUCCCCACAUCGGUGGUAGCACCGAGGAGGCCCAGCGUGCUAUCGGUAUCGAGGUCAGCGAGGCUUUGGUGCGUUACAUCAACCAGGGUAUCACUCUGGGCAGCGUCAACAUCCCCGAGGUCCAGCUGCGUUCGCUGACUUCGGACGAACCCGACACCGCUCGUGUCAUCUUCAUUCACCGAAACGUCCCCGGUGUGCUCCGAAAGGUCAACGAAAUUCUGGGAGAUCACAACGUCGACAAGCAGAUUUCCGACAGUAGAGGUGACAACGCCUACCUGAUGGCUGAUAUCAGCAACAUCAAGUAUGAGCAAAUCAAGGAUAUCUACGACAGCCUUGAAGGUCUUAGCGCUCGCGUCAUGACCCGUAUCUUGUACUAAGUGACAAUGCAUGGGCCAUUUGUUGGCCAUGAAGCUCAACCCUUACCCUUGAGCUGGUGAAGAAAAACGCGAUGCGACCAACAACGCACAGAACAUGACUACGGAGGAACAGGAAAUAAAGGGGGCGGCCCGUUCGUGUUUUUUUAUCGGGCCCUAAUCCCCAGAAACUUUACGCAUUGAUGCAUUGCACUCUAUUGAACGAAAAUAUAUGCAGUUCGCAAUCCAAUGGCACGGCCUUGACGAUCGAGGUUGGAGGAGGUUCUGCGAAGAGAUGGAAUCGUCAGGUAUACAAACCCAUGCCUGAGCGAGGAUCAAAAGGGGGCUGGAAUUUGCGGUUGGUGAUUUGAAUAAUUACUGGUUGAGUUAGUCGGUAACACUGUAUGGAGUAUUAUGGCAUGGAUGAAUUCAACGGACAGAAACAAUUGAGCUUCAACACAAGUUGAGUUAGAAUACCGGAAUGGGACCAAUCCGGUGCAAAUUGGUGGAGGGUCCCGGACGACCCAUAUCA